CUAACGUGAACACUUGAUAUUUAUAUUUCCCGUGUCGGGUACUGGAAACCAAAGAUAAUGUCUAGACACAAACUGCUACGCCAAAAUACUAGCUUCAACGCAGCUUGUCUUUGACUCUUCUUUCUUGGAUCUUGAAGAGCCAUUUAGUUAGCUAGAUCUGAGUUUAGGAAACCUAACAAACUACACAUAACUACUUCACUCACUUGUGUUUGAGCCUUUCCACCAUCAAAAUGCUGAGUGAAAGUUCCAACACCCACAACUCAUCUAAAAUGUCCUUCAGAAUAACGAAGGAGGAUGGGUUCUUCUCUAGGCUAAUAGCCAAGGAAACUACCACCCCCAACUCUUCUUCAAGGAUCUUCUACUACGGAGAAACUUCGGUUGCGGUUCCUUUCACAUGGGAGGCACAACCUGGUACCCCGAAACACCCUUUGUCAGAGACAUCUUUGCCACCUCUUACACCCCCACCUUCCUAUUUUUCAAGCCCCAAAAAGUCCCACAACACCAAGAGAAGAAACUACUACUCAAAUAAGGCCAUCAACAUAUUUUCAAGCAUUUUUCUGAGGCUUGUAGGAUCAAGAAAGUCUCUUCAGAAUCAUCAUCAUGUGUCACCAUCGUCAUCUUGGUCGUCACCUUCUUCAUCGUCUUCAUCUUCUUCUUCGUGGUCUUUAGCGCAUUAUAAUAAUAAUAAUAAUAAUAAUAAUAACUCAUCGCCCUCGUUUUCCAUGAGAGACAAAGGUCGAGGUCAAGGAGGAAGAAGCAGCAAACACAACAAAUGUUCUAAUGGAUUUAGAGGCUGCUAUCCCUUUGGCAACACGAGGAACGCAAAUGUAAGCCAUGGUAGUGUGGACUAAUUAAUUAGUUAGUUUAAUUUGAUCUAUUUUGGAAAUUAACUAUUCUGCAUGAUUUUAAUAUUUUUGUAGAGAUCUUCGAAAGUUUAUAUAGCUGCUAAGUGCUAAGUGUAUUUAUUUGGAAGAUGUUAGUGUUGGACUUGGAUGUGUCAAGCAUAUACAUUCAUGAUUUCUUAUUUUAUAUAUAGUUCGAUUC